UGCCUCUCCAAAUGUGCUGGGGCUAAUCAGAUAUUGAUGCUGCACUGAACACUGGGCCUGGACUUCAAAGCUGGGAGCACUCUCUCCUACAUCAGACAGAAAGAUGAAAUCAAACAUCACGGCAGCACCAAAUCCCAUUGAUAUGAUAAUGUAGAAAGUGUUUGAAUUGUGCAGAAUAGCAUUUGCUGCACCACUGUCUCCCGAAUGAGUUCAAAUCGCAGUAGCAGCAGUUGCAGGGAACACCGAGGAUGGAGGCCAGCAUUUUGGGUUCCUCACGGCACCUGUCAGGCUUUUAUAGAGUGGCAUCUAGACAUGGACACCUCACUCACCUCAUAAUCAGGCAGCAGUAGCUGUGUAUGCAGUGGUCACACCAACGGGCCACACAGCGACCAGUGGUCAUUCUUUCCACACUUUUAACUGUAGCAUAUCCCCAUGAGGUUUUAGCGUCUGUACUAAAACACAGCUGUAAUUAAAGAUUAAAGACCUAAUGAAUUAUAUCUCUUAUUACGUCUGAUUAUCUUUUCUUCCCCCCAUGUUGUAGCCUAGAUUUGACUGCACCAAUAUCAUAUUUGACACUGGGAAGCUGGAACACUGGAUACAUUUGACGUAGGGGAAAUUAUCGAAUGUGGUCUUUACUGGUAUUUAGGCACUAACCGAAUGAUUAUUUUGUCCAGGCAGUAAUGUUCUGAUGGGAUGAGCCUGAAGACUUAAACAAGAGUUAAUGCCAGGAUUUGUGUCAACAACAUGCAGUAGACCCUUCUCUUAAGACAUGUCGGUGGCAUAAAUAUUGAUGUGGUGCAUCAAAGGAAAAUGUUCACUGUGCGCGUACGUAGCCAUCUUUAGUGAUUCAACACUCCUGGCAGGUUUAUUACGUCUUUUGAAGAUUCUCAGGCACAUCAAACACGCAGAGAGACACUCACCAGAAGCUGAGACACCUCGCACUGGCCAUCAGGUUAAAUUCAUUUCAGAAGCAGAUUAUCAUUUACUGUAGAAGAACUAUCCAUUUUACCUUAAAGCAACACAACGUAAACACUUCCCUGGAUUACAUCUUCUGGAAGGCUUUACUAAACAACCUGGUUCAGCACAGUACUUUAUCUUUCGUGCCCUGACACCUGUGGUGCUGCUGUUGACAACAAUGCCCCUGGCUUAUGUCUUUAUUUGGGUCUGGAGUGCUGUGCGCGAUCUCUACAGAGGCCAGAGUAAAACGUGCCUCAGACAUGGAUCAAGAGCUUAACGGGUUUGAGUCACCAAUGUUCUGUAAACACAGGCAGGGUGCGUAUGCGAAAGAGAGAGAGAGAGAGAGAGAGAAAGAGAGAGAUAAUUUCUCAGUAGCCUCCAGCAUGGGACAGGAAUUUUCUGUGAUUGAUUGAAAUUAAUUUAAUUGUAGGUUAUGUCCAAUGGCCAGCGAGAUUGAUUCAAUGCAUAUCAAACACAAUUUUAAUGGCAUGUAAUAAAUUAUCUGAGGUAGAUUCACGAUGAAUACAAUGACUGGUAAAUAGAUUGUAUCUUACCAGGUAGUUUAGACCUCGUUUGAUAUUUUCCUUUACAAAUGGCUUUCCUGUCGCCGCCUAGUGGAAUCCUAAAUUCGCUUGCAAGGGAACCCGACCAUUGGCACGACCUAAACGCAGGGGCGGGUAGUGGUGUGUGAGUAGAGUAAGGGGAGAGAGAGAAGGAGGGAGAGAGAGAGAGAUAACCGAUUCACUACAUGGACUCUGACCCGUUGAUAUGAAGAGCCGUGAGAAAGGCUCCAAAGUGGGAACGGAACUGGCUCUUGCUGUAUCAGAUAGGCUAUGUUCCUACGGGAGUAACUGAAAGCGACGUUGGGAUGAAGGCGGCGUUCAGGACCAGAAGACGGCGGCCGUUCCAGCAGUUCUGCUGCUGCGGACUUGCACUGCUCGCUGUCGUCUGGUUCACACAGGUCAUGUACCUGACAGAAUCAAAAUCCUCAAGAUCAGAGUCGGAUGAGCUGUCCAGCCGAGAGUGGUCGAGCCGAAGAAUACUCCAGGAGAACCAGACCAUAGAGCAGCCCUCAGGAGCCAUCAGUGAGUUCCCUCAGGACAUCUUCACAAAGGAGCAGCGAAGGAAGGGAGCGGUCCUGCUGCACGUGCUGUUUGCCAUCUACAUGUUCUAUGCUCUCGCUAUAGUCUGCGAUGACUUCUUCGUCCCUUCCCUGGAGAAAAUAUCUGAGAACCUGCAACUCAGUGAGGAUGUAGCAGGGGCCACCUUCAUGGCUGCAGGAAGCUCUGCCCCAGAACUCUUCACCUCUCUCAUUGGUGUGUUCAUUACCAAAGGAGACGUGGGGGUCGGUACCAUUGUGGGCUCUGCGGUCUUCAACAUCCUGGUCAUUAUAGGCCUCUGUGGUAUCUUUGCUGGACAGGUGGUGGUACUGACCUGGUGGUCUCUGUUCAGGGACUCGCUGUACUACCUCAUCUCAGUGCUGGUUCUCAUCCUGGUUAUCUACGAUGCAGAAGUUGUCUGGUGGGAAUCGAUGCUCCUCAUGUCCAUGUAUGGGGUCUACAUUCUUAUAAUGAAGUUUAACACCCAGCUCGCCGGUUUUGUGACGCGGAAGUGCCGGGGUCCGGGGUCCUGCUGCGUGCGUGGCGGCCGUCGCCGGGACCAGACGGGCGAGGACGGGGGGCCCUGCAACACCUCCAUGGUGCUCCUGCGAAAAGGACAGAACUCGGAGCAGGACUCUCCCGUGGUGAUGGUGGACGAGAUGAUCUCCCUCCACCCCCACCAGCUCUCCUUCUCCGACGCCAGCCUGCGCAUCAUGAUCACCCCCCACUUCUCGCCCCGCACGCGCCUCAGCAUGGCCGGCCGGAUGCUCAUCAGUGAGAGGCAGCGCCUGAUCAAGGAGACGGGGGAAGGGGACACCCCUGUGAAAGGCUUGUGCUCUGGAGCCAUGCAGAACGGGGGGAGCGUGGAUCGACAGGCCCUGGAGGAUGCUGCAGAUGGAGAGAGGGGAGGGAAAGGAGACAGCGCCCAGCCAGAGGAGGAGGAGGACGACGGGGGAGAUGGGCCAUUCAUGCCCCUGAAGUGGCCAGGGGGCUGCGGUGCCCGGGUGAAGUGGGUGGUGUCGUGGCCCCUGGGCGUGCUGCUGUACUGCACCGUGCCCAACUGCGUGUGGCCCCGCUGGCACCGCUGGUUCAUGGUGACCUUCGCCGCCUCCACCCUGUGGAUUGCCAUCUUCUCCUAUGUCAUGGUGUGGAUGGUCACCAUCAUCAGCGACACCCUGGACAUCCCUGACUACAUCAUGGGCAUCACCUUCCUGGCGGCCGGUACCAGCGUCCCAGACUGCAUGGCCAGCCUUAUCGUGGCUCGCCAGGGCAUGGGGGACAUGGCCGUGUCCAACUCCAUUGGCAGCAACAUCUUUGACAUCCUGCUUGGGCUGGGCUUCCCCUGGGCUUUGCGCACCCUGCUGGUGGAUUACGGCUCAUCAAUACCCAUUAACAACAAAGGACUGGUGUACUCAGUUGUCCUACUGCUCGCCUCUGUCUUCCUCACGGUGCUGAGCAUCCAUCUGAACAACUGGAAGCUGGACAAGCGUCUGGGCCUGGGGCUCCUGCUCCUCUACUCCGUCUUCCUCCUCUGCUCCGUCUUCUUCGGGCUGUAGCUAGAAACUCAUCUGACAGCUUCUCCCAGCCUUGCCCUCAGCCCACAAACCAACAACUUCAUGGACUAAUAUGAAACCAAAAAACAAUAUAUAUAUAUAUAUAUAUAUAUAUAUAUAUAUAUAUAUAUAUAUAAUUAAGAAAAAAGCAAAUAUUUAUCUAAAGGUGAAAGGGUGAAGGUCCUCUGAAAGUAAGGCAGCGUGAUGGGAUCUUGCACACACUGUAUUUACUAAACAUGGCCUUGUGGUGUUGCCCAUAGACCCUCACUAGCACUUCAGUAGGUAGAUAUACUGUGUAUGUAGUGUUGGAUGUGUUGAUUUGGGGCUGUAAGCCUUCACAACAUGCAUGCACAUGCGUGUCAGGAACAAACUAGAGGAGUGACAGAUCAUCCGUGUUGCCUUGAUGUUUGAAGCACACUUGUCUGUUUAUAUUGUACACCUGAAAAUGGCGUGACUGUGUUGUGAUGUGAAAUGAUGUACAUGUCUGCACUGCGUAGCAAUAUGGAUGCUGAGGGGCCGUCUCCCCCAGCGGAAGGAUGCGGGAAUAGAGAGACAGUUUUUGAGAGUACAGAGUAUAUAUUUUGAGGGCUGCCUUUUUUCGGUGGAAUUCCCACGCAAAAUACAGAAUUCAGAAUUCAAGCUUUUGAUAGAAAAAAAAACAAACAAAGAGGAUUUAUGGAUUUUUAGAAUUUUUAGAACCGUAUUCGUUCUAGUUAAUACAUGUUUGUUCUUACAGCGCGUGUCCAAAUGUUUGAUAAAUGUUUGUACCGGUUUUGUUCCAAAGGUUCUGUACGUUUAGGUACGAUUGAUGUUUUAAAACACAGUAACAAGACAAAACCUUAAAGUAUAAACAUUACCUUAAAGUAUAAUUAUAUGUGUAAAUGAAUGUGUACAAUACUUUAAUGAGUGAGUGUACCCAAAAACUCACUUUUACUGUUGCUAAAUGUUUACUAAAUAUUUUAUAAGAGGGAAAUGUGAGAACUUAGAUUUGUGAUGUUUUUAAUAUUUAUAAAGUCUGAACAAUGUAUACAUCCAUGAUAUUUAUGAAUAUCAUAAAUUUAAUUUAUCCUUUCCAGAUGUCGCUUUGUCAAAACGCAUACUGUAGCAGAGAAGUCGAGCAGACGUACAGAUAGCUCUGAUCUAAACCAAUAAUGUUUGUAGUAGGAGGAGGCAAUAGGUCGCAAGUCUAUUUUUCAUAGUGCUAUUUCAGAGGUGACUAAAAUAUAUAUAUGUUUUAAAAAUUGAAGAGCCUGUUAGGAUUUCUUCCAGGAACAAACAUUUGUUGGCGGUGUUGCGUAUGUAUGGGGGGGGGGGGUUUAGGGGGGGGAGAUAUAUCAUUUUGCCUACAAGUUCUCGUAAACUGUCGGCUGAUCUGUAAAAGAUAACUCAGAACAACAAAAAGGGUGGAGACAGCAGCUCAUUGUGCACACAGGUAUCCCUGUGUUGUUAUGCUCUGGUGAGGAUCACUCCUAACAGGGUCACCAUGAACUCUGAUUAGGUUUGCCCAUUUGCUCUCUAGCUCAAGCCAUGGUGAUAAGAACGAUAAAGCGACGACUACUAUUCUUCCUUCUCUCUCCACCAUGGGUGGGUGGGUCGCCAAGCAACUAAAAACAUACAUUUCCUCAUUAAAUACACUGUGCUGUUUUCUAAUAACCACUUUUGACACAGCCCGGGCUUAACUCUUUUUUUUUUUUUACUUGCCUCUCCCCAGAGCUCAUUGAUAACCGAGUGAGGCACAUCCAGUUUUUAUAUGUGGUCCAAUUAGGUUGGUGAGCAGCGUCUUGUUUGUACCAUAGAGGUUUGGACAGUAGGACAGGCUCAGGUUGCAUGCAGAGGUUUUUUUUUGCAGUGUACUGUUAAACGUGUCUCUAAACGAAAAAAAAAAAUAUGUAGUGUUGAAAUUUUAGGGCGCCAGACUUUAAGUAGCAGUGGAGCAAAAGCUUUUAAACCACUCCGAGGUGAUCUUACAGAACUUUGUAUGUUGUUGAGUGCAAUAAACAAACUGUGCAAUAAUG